CCGCAAAAUCCUGCCAUGGCCGGUGCUCCCAACUGGCUCCAUGUGGACACGGAGGACGAGGGUCCUUCGCCGCAUCUCACCACCCUCUCCAGCUGCAUGGCCUUGAGCGAUGUGCAGUGCGACGGAUAUGUGCGGCUUCUGGCGGCGGACAUUUCCCUGGACGACGCCGCCGAAGAGCCCAGUGCCACCUUGAAGGUUUUCCGGGGACUCAAGCUCAAGCAGGAGCAGCCGCUGCCGGGGAUUCCCACGGCCAUCGAAAGUCUGUACAUCGAUGAAACGGAGCCCAAAACGCCGGUUAUUGCCGUGGCCAUCGCCGAGUCAGUGCUCUUCUAUCGCCACCUGAAGCCGUACUUCAAGUACACAAUUCCCGCCCUGGACUCCGAGGAUCUCGAGCUGGAGGUGUGGCGCAAGCUGCCGGUGAUGAAGUCGAGUGCACAUCCUGGCCUGCUGGACUCCCUGCGGAACAUUGACCACUCCAAGCUGUCGCGGAAAUCGCAGCGCCUGCUGCAAAUGGGCGAGGAGGAGCGCGAAGGCUUCAUUGCCAUCCACAAGGACUCGCCGGUGGGUCGAGUGGGCAGCAUUGUGGCCAUGUGCUGCCUGAAGCGCAUCUCCAGCGAUGCCAAUCCGCCCUCGCACUUGGUACUAGCCACCGAUACCGGACACAUCCUGAUCCUGGAGCCGCAGGGCUUCAACCUGGUGUUCGAGGGCAGGACCUGCGACGACGAGACCGCCGUGCCGAGCCACAUCUCCGUGCAGGGAACCUUCGAGACGGACUUCUGCAUUGUGGUGGCCACCAGAAACGGCGGUGUCUACCUGCUGCGCAAGACCCAAUCCGAGGGGCAGGAGAUCUUCAAGCUGGGCAUCCCCCUUACCGGAGUUCUACUCCUGCCCAUCGAUCAGACGAUCCUCGCCUCCACGAUGGACAAUCGCUAUCUGUGCUACUCGAAGCGCGGCAAGCUGCUGCAUCAGGUGCAGCUGGCCGACCUGCCCGUCUGCCUCCUUCCGCUGCCCAUGACCCACCUGGGACUCACCCUGGUGGCCAUUGCCCUGCGGGGCGGCGUGGUCAAGUUCUAUCUGCAGCGCUAUCUGGUCGAUGAGUUCGCCCUGGACGAGACGGUGGACGCCAUGGUGUACGGACGGAUGGGCAUGGAGGAUCACGUCCUCAGCCUCGUCACUCAAUCCGGCCGGAUCGUGGUCAAGAUCCUGAGGCGGGUGUCUCGCUUCGAGCCCAAGCCCGGAGAGCUGGGAAAGCAGCGAACGGGCAGCGAUCACAAGGCCAUCGUGGAUUCCUCGAUUCUGGACAAACCCAAAAAGAGCUCCAUCUUUGUGGAACAGGCGGCACGGGAGAAGCAGCAGGCAAAGUCAACCUAUGGAAGUUUUCAGGUGGAACUCUGGCGCCUACGCCACACGGCAGCUCGGGCCACCAUCGAUGCCAUAAACUCCUCGGAGAGCACGAUAUCGGGGGACCUAACCCACGCCCCCGUGAAACUAUCCGCCGAGGUCUGCGGCAGUGGACCCGCAUUUCGCCUCUACCUCACCGUCCAAAACCUGUCCACCUUCAAAAUGGCCUCCAAUCUGGUGGUCCUGCUCCACGCGGACAGACGGCACUACACCAUUCCGCAGACCUUGGCUCGAUUGCCCAGUGUGCUGCCCGGGGUGCCCCUGCGAGUGGACUUCGAAGUGGUGGCCGUGCUGGAUCCCAUGGACAAACUGCCUCCGGCCAGCCUAACCCCGGAUAACUCCCUGAUUCGGGUUAUGCUAAUGAAGGCUGGUCAGGCCAAACCCCUCAUUGCAGCCGCCGUUUCAAUGCCCCAAUCCGAGGCAGCCUUCUAA